AUGGCGGCGAAGUGGUUUGGUCUGUCGAUACUUUUAGAUUUUAUCACGGGAAGUCUAGCGAGUCGGUGUUACUAUGGUUACUACUCGUACUAUGCGAUGUAUAACAACUAUUACUACCUCUCCUACUACUGUAGUAACGGUUGCUGUGGUUACUACUAUGACACAAAAUGUUGUAACAGUGCCGGGACGAUAGCAGGGUCAGUGGUUGGCGCAUUCGUAUGUAUAGCGGUGGUGGUAGGCGUGGUCGUGUGUUGUUGGAUGAGCAAGAAACGGGCUAGACAAGGGGUAGUUGUACAGCAAGGUAGACCAACAACUAAUGCUACAGUAGCUGUCGUUCAUUCACAGCAGCAACAAUAUCCGCCUCAGCCAUACGGACAACAAGUGUACUACCAGCCUCCUAUGCAUGGUGUCCCACCCCCACAACACACCAAUCCCGCCUAUCCCCCACCUCCACCCAUGGGUCCCGUGGGAAAUGUUCACAGCUACCCCCCACCUCCCGAGUACCCUGGCCCCCAAGUCCCCCCUCCAGUUGGCACUGCUCCAAUGAAACCUGCUUAUAUGCCACACAACUGA